AUGCACAAGGCCCCCGGGGGGGCUCUAGCUGCUGCUGCUGCUUCCUGGAUAUUCCCCGCUUCAGGGGGGCCCCCUAGGGGCCCCUCCUUUCUAAGACCCAAGGGGCCCCGCCUGCUGCAUUCUGCAUGCACUGGGGGGCCCCUAGACCCUUUUGGGGGCCCUAAGGGUCCCAGGGGGACCCCAGUGGGGGGCCCCCCAGUUGCUGCUGCAGCAGGGGAGGGGCCCCCUGCCGCAGCCAGGGGGCCCCCAAGCUCCCUGGGGGGCCCCCUAGGGGUGUCGGGGGGCCCCCAGGAUGCCUCAGGGGGCCCGUCAGCUGCAGCAGAGGGGCCCCCAGGAUCCCAGGGGGCCCCCACUUCCGUGUUGGGGCACCCUGGGGUCCCCAAUACAUCCCCUGGGGGCCCCCUGGGGCCCCCUGGGGGCCCCCUAGAAUCCCCUGGGGGCCCCCUAGGACCCUCGGAGGGCCCCCAGGGAACCCCCAGGGGCCCCCUGGGGUCCCCCGGGGGCCUCCUGGGGCCCCCUGGGGGCCCCCCGUUGAUGUCGAAUGUAUCUCCUUUGCUGCAGUCUGUGGAGAAGGAGCUGCAGAAGCUGAAUGAGCUGCUGAUGCCUGAGGGCUGCAGCAGCGCAGCAGCAGCAGCAGCAGCAGAGUCGUUUGCUGCUCCUCUUUCCCAGGAGCAGCUGCAGGAGCAGCAGCAGCUGCUGAUGCAGCUACAGCAGCAGGACGAGCUGCUGCAGCAGCAGCAGCAGCAGCAAGAAGCUGCUGCUGCUGCUGCUGCUAAAGCAGAGAAGCCUUCUUCUCCCUUCAAUGAACGCCUCAAUUUGCUGCUGCAGCGAGCAGCAGAAGGGCCCGGGGAGGGGGGCCCCCACCUGUACGAUGUAGGGGCCCCCUUCAGGGUUUAG